UGCUGCUGGAAAUUUGAGAAUUGUUGAAGUUGAUCCAGGUGGUCAUUUUGUAAAGAUCAUGAACUGUGACCCUGAAUGUGAGGAAAGUAUUGGGGAUUACCUCUUGAAGCAGCAGGAUGUCCAAGGACAAAGAGUGGCAGUAUUUCAGCUUCCUCCCGGGACCAGAAUGGGGCCCAACUCCACCGUGACAGUUUGGGCAGCAUGUGCCUCAGUGCUUCGCAAAUCUCCUUCACUUUUUCUUUGGAAGGACUUGGAGAGAUUUAGGACAAGCCUUGACUUUGAUACCAUUCUCUGUGAGCCUAGUGGUCCAGUUGUGGCUUGGUACACUCCUAUCUACUGGAACAGAAUGCAAGAAUGGGUGGCAAAAAAGAAAAAUGAAGAAUUGGAUAACAUUAUUAUGCCAACUUUCUCAACAGCAAAGCAAACAGAGGGAUGGGAAAAUGAACAGGAAUUUACAAUAGCUGAUACUCACUGGAAGACGACUGACCCACAGCAAAUAAGGAAAAAAAGACAAAGCUUCAUUAAAAG